AUGUCGGAUGCCAUUCGCGUACACAGGACAGAAGAUGCCAGCGACGUUCUGGUGGCUGAUGUUUGGACGAUCGAGGGAGAACAUCUUCCCAGCUACAUGGUGCAGAAGGGCCACUUGCUUGCCGUCCAGGAGUACGAGGAGGAGCUAGCCAAGGAUAUCCUGUCCGUGGCAUCCGCCAAAGAGAAGCAGGCACAGUACCAGGCACUGGAGGAAGCCCUCCGAGAAACUCAGAUGGAACUUGAGACAGAGACCGAUGUCUCGCAGGAUGGUUCUACAGAAGUAGCGCCCGCCUCUCUGGGUCGUGGCUCUUUCAUAAUCGGAUUUCUCAUGCUCGCACUUGUGUUCGUGCUCUUUGCUGGGCUGGUGCGGCUGUUGGGGUCAGUGGCAGCACCCAAGUCUUCCAAAGCCAAGAAGACAAAGAAAAGUUAG